AUGGCUCCUGUACAAGCUGAAAAAACCGAAUUCCUCAAUUCUUUAAAACCAGAAAAUGUUGAACCUUUAUGGACUGUGAUGUCCGCUAUGGUUCCACCUGUUCCUCAACCAAAAGCUACUCCAACUGUCUGGAGAUAUAAAUCUCUUAGACCAUUAUUAGGUGAAGCUGGUAGAUUAGUUCCUGCUGAAGAAUCCGAAAGAAGAGUGUUAAUGUUGAUUAACCCUUCCUUAAAGGCUCCACAAACUACUGAUACUUUAUAUGCUGGUCUUCAAUAUAUCAUUCCUGGUGAAGUUGCACCAGCUCAUAGACACUCUGCUUUUGCAUUAAGAUUCAUUAUUGAAGGUGAUGGUGGUUUCACUAACGUUGAAGGUUCUAAGAUGUAUAUGGAAAGAGGAGAUGUCAUUCUUACUCCAAGAUGGCAAUGGCAUGAUCAUGGUAAGGAUGGUAAUGGUCCUAUGAUCUGGUUAGAUGGUUUAGAUUUACCAAUGUUCCAAGCUAUCCCAGUCAACUUUGCCGAACAUUAUAAGGAAGAUCGUUUCCCAAGUACUGAUGUUGAAGAAACUCCAUUGAAAUUCCCAUGGAAAGGAGUUCAAGAAUACCUUGAUGCUAUUUCCGGUGACCAUGCUAUCUUUGAUUACAAGUCCAAGGAAAAGAGUGGUGCUGAAUUAUCCACAAUUGUUGGUGGUCAAGCUGAAAGAAUCUCUCCAAAUGCUAAAUCCGCAUGGAGACAAGAGAGCAGUUCAUUUGUUUACCACGUCUAUGAAGGUCAUGGUCACACUGUGAUCACUGAAGCCAAUGGUGAAGAAACCAUCUUACAAUGGGAACAAAAGGAUACCUUCUGUAUUCCAUCAUGGAAGAAAUUCAGACAUGUUAAUGAAAGUUCUUCUCAAACUUAUCUUUUCAACUUCUCUGAUACUCCAUUACUUAAGAACUUAGCUAUCCACAGACUUAAUUCUGAUAUUUAA